AUGGCAGCGAAGGGAACUGUGGAAUUUAUGGCUCCAAAGAUGGAGAGGUCCAAGCUGCAAAUGGAAUAUCGAUCUCGGCUUGUAGCCCUUCCUCGACACGACGUCUUAGCCCUAGGCCUCUCUCUUGCUCAUAUUUGGAGUGCUUUUAAUCUUGUUCUUGCAGCCUACCCGUGGAUUGUACACAUGACAGUAGUCAACCCUCAGCUCCGCAUUACCGAAAAAAACGCUUUCGCAUAUCUAUCCGUUGCUAAUACCCUGGAAACACUACGGGAGGAUCCAGAAGAGGGCAAAAGGCUUCUAGAAAAACUGCGUGAUAGUGCUAUUCUGAAUCUGUCUCUUCAUAGAGGCCAGCGGACGAUGGUAGAUCUUCAGGGACCAGAGGGGCACAAACAAGCGUUUAGAGUUCUUAAGGCUCUCCAAGACCUUGGUAUGCCUACCCCUCCAGAGACACCAAAAGGAGAACUGAAGAAGAGACCCUACUCCGACCUUAUUGAUGAUGUCUUCCGAUUAAGCCUACAAGGCCUUGAUGCUAUUAUUUUGAAGAAGUUAUUACUACCCGAAACCAUCAGACAAUAUAAAGGUCUUAGGGCCAACGAGAGAUCCCCUGAAUGCGUACCCGUCUGCCCACCUGCAUCAUCAGCAUUCUCUACCACACAUUUGGCAGUUCACGACCCGAAACGUGUCUCGAAAGUAAAGAAAACACCGACGUUGAGCGACCUUUCGCCAAUGAUGAGGUCUUCAGGAAUCCAGCUCGAACGCAACAAAGGACAACCGACCGAGUACCUGAAACACAGCCCCACAGCAUAUGUCGUCAACGUGUUGUGGGCCUCUGCUGACGGCCUUGCUCAUUCAUCACUCCGCCAAUGCGUUUCCACCUCUCUUACCGCGUUAUCAAGACAUCAUAGGUACGUAAAUGGACAUCCUGUGUUCAAAGAGGAAUCCUUGGAUCUUCAAGUCUGUAUGUGGGACAAGCUUGAAGAAAUAACACGGGAAACACACUACGGCUCCCCUUGGAGAAUCUGUGGAGCUCUGAAUGAUUAUAGGUUCCCGGAAAAAACCUGUCUCAGGACGGCCGAAAGUGCCGGAAAGUUUUUAAUGCUCCAAGCCUCGCGCUUUUUCUAA